AUGGCUUCUUCGCAGAAAACCUCUGCCGCCGCUCCUGGCGCAGUUGACGUUGCUACAUUAUCCGUACCUCAGCUUCGCUCUCUCCAGUCCCGCCUAAGCUCCGAGCUCGAACAUCUCACAUCAUCACAUACGAAACUACGAUCCGCGCAAUCGAAGUUCAGAGAAUGCAUCCGUUCUAUAAACGAUGGUAUUCUCGCGAAGCCAGAAAAGGAUGGACAGGAGAGUGAUAUAUUAGUGCCGUUGACCAACUCGUUAUAUGUCAAAGGGAAGCUAUCGGAUAGAGAAAAGGUGAUCGUAGACGUCGGGACUGGGUUCUAUGUCGAAAAGGUACGGCACUCCUGUUUUGUCUCGACCCAUCUCAUCUCAAUUGGCGGAUAUGGAGGCAAGGAUGGGGAUUCACAGUGCUAA